AUGAACGAGACACAACAGCAAGAGUGUAUUAGCCCAUUUGCAGUUGUGAGAGGUUCACAUCCUGUGAAGUUUUCCAUCGGAUGUGUUGUUCAUCCUUUCGCUGUUAUUGUUGCUCAGCGCGGUCCGAUUAAUUUUGGCGCGUACUGUAUUAUUGAAGAGCAUGCGUGUAUUAUAAACAGUUCGGGAAAUUAUGAUGAGGGAGAGGAACUGGUUCAAGAGGGAACUCCUCCUCAGUUGAUGUCCAUAGGCUCCUAUAACCACUUUAAGGCCUUCUCGCAUGUGGCAAAUAUCAGCUGCAUUGGUCAAGGAAACUGCUUUGAACCUCAUUGUCAUAUUGAGGGUUCAAGAGAAGCAGUAGUAAACUCCUCUGCUUCUAACUGCAUUGGGGAUUAUUCUGUCAUUGGUGCCUUUGUUCACAUUAAUAUGCAAGAUUGUAGUAGUCACAGAAAAUAUGAAGGCACAACGGUGCCAUGUGAUUUCCUCGCCAUACCCUCCCGCAUGGUGCUUUUGUCUUCCAGACCGACUGAAAAGUAUUGUGAUUGUUGUUCGCAUUGUUGCAAGACUGAUUGUUUUUUUUCACAUUCUUGGGAACUCCCUCGUGGGGAACUGUUUGACGAGGAAGUAGAAGAAGAAAUACUUCGUAAAAAGUGUUCCUACCUAUGUGAAGUAGUUGAGAGAUAA